AUGCAGUACCGUCUGGGACUUUCCACUCUCCUUCUCGCCGCCAUCGUUGGCGCCAGCCCUCUCGACACCAAGCCUUUCGAGUACACCGAGGGCUACCAGCUCCAGGCAGAUGAUCUGAUUGUCCCCAUCGAGGGCGUGCCCUACGUCAUGAAGGAGAGCACCUACGUCUCGCAGCUGAAGGCGCAGGGCAUCUCCAUCGGCGCGCCCGAGCUGAACCCGGAGUGGAUCACGGCCGACGCGGACGAGCUCUCGAACGACGUGGCGGAGAGCGAGCACAGCCUCGAGUCGCGUCAGGCGGACUGCGACUCGACCUUCUCCAUCGUCACGGACAAGACGGAGACGUUCGUGGACUGGGACGUGCAGAUGUCGCCGGUGGUGUGCGCCGUGGGCGACAUGGACGUGACCGUGUCGUCGGGCUACAGCGUGGCCAACACGGCGGGCGGCAGUGCGGGCGUGGACCUCAAGUUCCUCAAAGACAAGCUGACGACGUCGCUCGGCAUCAACUUCUCGCGCACCUGGACGACGCAGACGUCGAUCCUCACCAAGGGCACGGUCAAGGACGGCAACUGCGGCGUCCUCAUCACCCAGCCCAUCGUCACCCGCCGCUCCGGCCGCCAGUUCCGGGGCUGCGUCGGCGCCACGACCGAGACGGGCACCUGGUACGCCGACAGCCACAACGACGGCAGCUACAACGGCAUCGAGUGGAUCGAGGGCGCCACCUCCAUGUGCACCAAGCCGGGCAGGAGCCCGCCGCUCUCCCGCUGCAACGGCCAGGGCAACUUUGUCUAG